AUAUGGAGCAGAAACAUUAAAAUAAAAUUGUAAUGCGCUCAGUUUUCCGAUGCUUUGAAUGGCAAACAUAUAGUAAAUGCUACAACGUUUUCUACUUAGUUCAUACAGGAAGAGAAAACUUGUGUAAGAUUAAUACCCUUCUUAUUAAAGUCUGAUUUUUUAUCAUAUUCGAGCUUUUGACGUAUCUCAUUCAAAGCUAUUUCGCUAUAUACUCAACCACCAUUAUAAACUCUUGUAAUUUGUCCAGUCUAUCAAGAAAUUGGUUAUUACUUGGGUUUCUGAGUCGACAUUGUGAACUGAGUUUAAUAUCUCAUUUAAAGAUGACUUAUUUUUCGUAUCUCUACCAUAGUUUUUUAGAGGAAUGGGCUUUAACAUACUAAAUGAAUGCAAUGACUUUUGAUAUGUGUGAGCAAAAGCUAUAUGUUAAGUGUUUUUGAGACGUCUAUAUUAGUUAUUUCUGGGACGUAUACCGGAUUUCCACGGGAUUCCAUGGAUUCCCGGGAUUCCCACGAGAUUCCCGGGAUUUCCACAAGAUUUCAGGGAUUCCCGGGAUUCCCAUGGAAUCCGGAAUCCCGGGAAUCCGCCGUUUCCCCCUUGCAUUCUGCUGUCUGUCUAUACUUUUCCGUAUCUAUCUUGCUUGAAAAGCUUGAAUUUUCUCGUUUUAUUUUAGGUGAUAUAUGGUUAUCAUACGUUAUAACAGGUGUACUGUAUUUAGUGACCAAUAAAAAUUUAGUUUGGUCUCAUAAGGAAGUAGUAGCCUUCUAUAAUACUCUUGAAAAUCCAAUUGAAUUGAUUGAUACAACAGGUGGUACAUUUAGAAAAUUUUUCGAUUUAUUAAAGCAUGUAGUUGAAGUAAAAUUUGUUAUUGAUUGUUAUCAUGAACUGGUGCAGCAAGAAAACCAAAAUGUGACAUCGGAUCAAGUUAGAUAUUAUUUGGGCGUGAUUGUCGAUAAAUUACAACGUGAACUGUACGUUGGGGUAUUACCAUCAAAUUAUUGUGCUCUCACUUGUUUCGAUUGUCAAAUUCUACUUAAUGGAGCACAAAACUCUCUGUUUUAUCAUAUGGUAGAUAUGAUUAAUUGGACAUGGAAUUUAUCAUCGGAUACAGAUACACAAGUGCAAUACUGGGCUGCAUUACUAAUAAUCAUACUUCACGAGAUAUCUCAUAUUAUGUGUCGCAUGGAAAUUCCAUCAGGAUAUAAUAUUAUGACCGCAACAACACCUCAAAAACUGUUAAACGGCAAACAUAUUAAGGAAACUGGUAACCAAUUAGAGUUUCUGUUAUUUGGUGGAAUUGCAAAAUCAAUUGGUGACCUUGAUGCUAUAUAUUUAUUACAACAAACCAGUUGGGAUUUAUCAAGUGUUGAAGAAUUUCAAAUACAAUUUAAAGAUCGAGUCAACAAAGAUAUUUUCGAACAAACAAUGGAGAAUCAAUCGAAUCGUUUGGAACUACCAGGAAAACGUGAUGAAUUAGAUGUUCCUGAACGUGAUGAACAUGAUUAUGAUAAUCGUAUCAACAUUGGCGGUUGUGCAACGAGUCGUUUUAUGACUGAUUUUGACUGCCAGGAAAGACAAUUACAAUUGAAUUCUUAA